UUGUUUGCGUGAUAAGCUCCAGAUUUGUUUUGAAAUACGAUUUUGGUUCAGUCAUCCUGGCUGCAUGCUUGUCAGCUGACGUCGCGUCGAAUGCGAAUCAGUCUCCCGCGCCGCGGCGCUUAAGCGCAUCAGCGACAUCAGCAAUAACACCACGUGGUCGAGUUGAAUAAAAACUUGCAAAGUUCCAAGAUCAUGCAGUUUUCUCAAGAAGAAGUGGUUGAAAGCUCGCAGAAGCCUGCGAAAGGAAGAGGUCGCGGACGUCCACUCAAAACGCGAUCGUCGACUGCUCGCGCGAAGUGUCCUCCGGGGAACGGAAGUGCAACCGCCGUAGGUGGUUCCGUGGAGGUUCCCGAGAGCACAGCCGAAGACAGUGUCGGCAACGUGUCCGGAAGUUUAUUUUCCGGCCAGCAGGAUCUGCUCAAACAGUACGAGCAACACGAGAGUCAACUGCGCAAACGCGACGGUGUACUGGAACAAAUUCUGGAACAGUCCCGAAAGGCUUAUGAACAGCUUCACCUUCAAACCGAGUCAGUGGCCUUGUUUGGUUCCGAUGGCGGUGUCACUGUGCCACCAGCGCGAAAGGAAGUCGGACUGAACACGGACGAGAUCGCGAAGGAGGAAGUUGCAAUCCAGACUAGCUUGGUUGCCAUCGCAACGCGAGAUUUUGGUGCGCAAGCGGAAUCUGCUAAAAUUGCUCAGAGAGAUGUGGGUGUUCAACUCUCGCCAAGUGUGGAGAGGCGAAACACCAGGGAUGCAGAAAUUCAAACAUCGCCUCCGGAAGAGGAACCGAAACGAAUGCGGAUGUCGGAUGCAGCCAUUAACACGGAUAGUGUAUCACAUGAGAACGUUACGGUACAGACGAAUCCAAUCGAGCGGAGGAACGUAGGAGUGCAGAAGUAUCACAGCACCCGUGUCCGCGAGGUCGGCAAUCAAACUUCCAUUGGUGAUUUGAAUCGCUCCGUUGGAAAGAGGAACGUGUGCGUACAGCAAAGAUCAUCCGGGAUGUUGGAGCUGAGCCGCGAAACAUCACUUGCGCUGGGAAUCGAGCUCAAGUGCGACCCGACACGAUUGCAUCGUCUGCUGAUGCGCGUUGCUGCCAGACAGUGCAGCAGCAAGGAAGAGGACGGAAACGAGUCCGGUGAACAGCCAAUGCACUUCACCGAGGAGGAUCCGUACUGGGCCAAUCGCGGAUACUUCAUGAACGAUUUGGUUAACGAUGGGUCAUCCUCCAGCGAUUCGGGAUUGGGUGAGAUCGAACCGCGAAUGAGCUGCAGCAUUGAGGAAUCACUCUGCUAGGUGACACGUAUAGGUAUAACUCAACAUUUACGAUGUAGGUAUGUACUAUAAUUUAUUAAACUGUGAAUUCACAUUGUAAGUAGCUUAAAAUAUUGUUGUUAAAUACGUUUCAAGUCUGAAUCUCUACACG